AGAGCCGGCGGCGGAGUCGGGUGGGGCAGCACGUGACACGGACGGGCGCGGCCCGGGCGGGUCACGUGGGCAGGACGCGAGGAAGAGAUGAAGGGGAGAGAUAUGAGAAGUGUGAGCUAGUCGGGAAGUGAGGAACGAUGAACUAUGAAGUGCAGGUUAGAAUAAGUAAAGUGAUAUUCCGAGGACUUUGAGAGAGCAGCAGAGUGAAACUAACGAUGCUCGCUGAGGAAGAUCCCAAUUUUUGUAACUGUGCUAUCUCGUUGUCUCUCACGUUCAGCUGGUUUUGAGCGCUUUAUGGUUUAAAUGUUGGCCUGAAGAAUUCAGAGGCAUCACGCGAACAGCCAGCGACUGAAUUAUGACAUGGAUCGGUCUCCUGACCGUCAUAGGAACUCUGCUCUGGUGUAUGAGACUGUCGUCUGCCACGGAAGCUCCAGACCGGCUGCAGCGCCCUGUUCUGGUUGAACAACCUGUGAGCGGCGUGGUGGCCCGGGGUCAGCCGGUCACCCUCAACUGUCGCGCGAUCGGCCGGCCCCCGCCGCGCAUCUUCUGGCUCCAAGAUGGCGAGCCGGUGGACCCCAGCCGUCCGGACCGGCUCACACUGCCCCCGGGCAGUCUGUUCUUCCUCUCGGCUAAAGAGAGGGAUGCAGGGGUGUAUCAAUGCCGGGCCGAGAACGACGCUGGAUCGGCCGAGAGCCAAAACGCAACGCUUGUCGUCGCUAUGCUGAGAGACACCUUCCGAGAGGAGCCGGUCGACACUCGAGUGGAGCAGGGUGGCACGGCGCUGCUCAAAUGUGACCCGCCCAGAGGUCAUCCGGAGGUCAAGGUCACCUGGAUCAAGGAUGACCUGCCGCUACUGACUGGAGAGAGAGUGCAGCAGAGGGGUUCCACUUUGUACAUCCUCAGCAGCCGACCUUCUGACUCGGGACGCUACGUCUGCCUCGCCGAGAACGUCCUGGGAGCACGCCGCUCGAGAGAGGCCGUGCUCACCGUUCUCGUGCAGCCGUUCUUCGUGCGUCGUCCCGAGUCGUCGCGGGGCCUGGCCGGCGGCUCGCUGGUACUGGUCUGUGACGUAUCCGGCGUGCCCCGGCCUCGUGUCCACUGGCGACGGCUCGACGGGGCCCUGCCCGUCGGUCGACUCCACUACACGGAGGAGAACAGUAUGCGGAUUGACCACCUGCGAGGUUCGGACGCCGGUCUCUACAUCUGUGAGGCGGAGAACGGCGUGGGUCGGGUCACUGCCAACGUCACGGUCACCAUACAGGAGGCUCCAACCAUCGACAUGCCGUCUGAGGCAGUUGCCACUGUCGGAGGACAUAUGGCGGUACAGUGUCACGUGCGAGGUCAGCCGACUCCUCGUGCCAUCUGGUGGAGAGAGACAGAGUUCGAACCUCUUCUGGCCGACCAGGAGCGGGGUCGCCUGUCGACUUCUGUGCAGCACGAGCUAUAUAUCGCGCCGGUGACCGCCGAUGACCUCGGCUGGUGGGUGUGCGGCGCCACAAACGCAGCUGGUUCGGUCACCGGCCGGGUCCUUCUGGCCGACUCAGAGCGACCGCCGCGCAGACGGGGAGCGCCCACGCCAGAGGUGACGUCACGCUCCGACCUUGACCGUGACCUGGUCCACCUGGCAGAGCUGCAGGUUGUCAGACCCGACUCCGUGCGCAUCACCUGGAAGGUCUCCAACACCAGUCCGGUGGACGGUUUCUACAUCUGCCUGAUAUCUGGCUCGGCGGCCGGACGCGGCGGGGACGGGAUCGGGGCGCCGGGCCGAGUGGUUCGCGGCGCUCCGGUGCUGCCCGGCCGGCCGGGACCCGUCCUGCAGCGUGUUCCGGUGCUGAACGGGGGAGCAGAUAGCUACGUGCUGACUCGCCUGAGCGCCGGCCAGGCCUAUGAGGUGUUCCUCGUGCCUUUUCGGCAGGGCCUCGAGGGUCGUCUGAGCAACCUACAGCACGUGCAGAUGCCAGAGACCGCGCCCUCGGCAGCUCCGAACGACCUCCAACUAUCAACUGACGGUGACAGCACCCUGAUCACCUGGUCGGGGCUGGCAGACAGCGACACCAACGGAGUGGUGCGCGGCUACAGCGUGCUGGUGCUCUCAGCGGACCCUACCUCGGGCCGGCCGCAGCAGAGGUUGUUCAACACCAGCGCACCGUUUGCGCGGCUGGCCGGCCGGCCUGACCUGCGGGUGCGCGUGGCCGCGUUCACCGCCGCGGGCGUCGGCCCGUACUCGGCCUGGGUCGGCCCGGUGCAGGGGUGGCCGACCAGCGCGCCGCCGCCGGCCACUGCCGCCGUGCCGUUCGGCGGGCCGCCCGGCGGCGGGUCGGCGCCCCCUGCAGCGCUGGUGGCUGCCCUCGGCGCCCUGUGCCUGGCGGCCCUGGGGGCAGCGCUGCUUACCCUGCACUGUCGCCGGCUCAGAGCGAAACAGCAACGCCUUGACAUGGCCGCCACCAUGUACGCUGACGUCAAGCUACCGGUGAUCGCUCGAGAGCCACGGCCCGACGUCCUGACACGGAACACCCUAUGGUUGAGGGACGACCUGUUCCUGACGAGUCUCGGCAACGCGCAGAGGUCAGCUCAGUCCCGUGAAAGGCGCGAUGAGCUACACAGCAAGCCACAUGAUCAGCUGGGCGAUGUGAGCCUAGAGGGACUCGCAGAAGGCGGACCAGAGGCGGCGCAGACCAAGUUGGGACAAGAGUGUCAUAUCUAUGUGAACGAGCUGCCCUCCUCGUCCGGUCCAAGUUCUAAAGAAGUUCGGCGAGUUAGGCGGGCUCCUUCGCGGGGCAGGGAGUCGGUGGAGUUGAUGACCUCGGGUCAGGUCAUGACCUCGGGCCUGGAGUCCGAGACGGAGUCAGAACUGGAGCGACUGACGAGAAGAGUGCGGAGUCUUCGACCACGGGCCGGUCGGUCACUCUCGUCGGACGGUACCAGCGGCCCUUCGAUGUCAUCCCGCGCCAGCCGUCCCUCGCUGCGACUGCGACACGAUCGCCGCGGUCGCGUGCCACACUCGCCGCAGCUGAGCGGCGGCACGUAUCAGGAGUGCUGCUGUUACGAGUGUGACUAUCGACCCCCGCCGCUACCCCCGGACUCGAGUUAUGACAGCUCCAGCAGCGAUUUCACCAUCCUGCCUGACCUGAUGACUCGCAGCGCGCCGGUACGAAGCGCCCAGUUCCAGCCACCGCACCCACUGGCGCCACCUGCUGCCGACCGCGUCGCUCACUCGUUCCCGGCCGGCGCAAAAGAUGGCGCCACGCUCGCGACGCUCGGCGUUUGCCUGUCGCGUCGCGCCUCGAGUGAUGAUGCCGGCAGCGCGAGCGACAGCGGCUCGUCACUGUACGCCGAGACAGAGCUGAACGACGCACCGCGACACAACGCCGAGAGUGACGUCAGCAGUGACGUGACGUCAUCACAGCAUAAACUUUCAAUCAGCAAGCCGCCGAUAUCAAGCAACUCUGAUGCCAAGAACAACCCGUCCGAGACGACACAAACCUUCAUCUGUGCUCCGGACGACACAGAAAACUGCAAGUUAUCAAGGUCGCCAAUAGAUGUCGGCUCCGGCGAAUCGCUCCAUUCCCCCGACAACGGGUGUACGGAUCAGCACAGCCCGUAGAUGUAUACAUGUUGAUGUUGUAAAUGUAUGCAAACUCAUUGACGGCCAAUGCUGUAAUGCUUGUGCUAGCGAGCUUCGUCGAACGUCAAACGUUUCUGACAAUCUGAGAUCAGCUGACCGUUUGGCGGUAAUGAGUGAACUGAAAACUGAACAUUAUCGCCAGCCAGGGAAGUACGUAGGUUUAGCAGUCGAGACAGAUCGUGAAAGGCAUAUCAGUGUACGAUUGUGGGAUCUCCUAUGAUAGUAACGGGGGGUGUAGCAUUGGAAUGAUUGAAGUGAGUUGUAAACAGAGUGUGGGUUGGCCGCUGGGCCAAGAUUACUGCUCGAUUGGGCGACUGAUAAAUGUAAUGGUUACGUCGGGUCUGAAGCGAUGUGUGUUCUGUAUCAGGUAUGGACUGUGCUCGAGGAAGGCACAGACCGCCACCGAAGCAUUUCUAUCGAUGUGCUGUGCAAUAUAAAAUAACUA